AUGGAAGGAGAAUCAGGGAGGAACAUCCUAGGCUUGGAUACCACGGUAGGAACCGCUGAACCCGUGGUUCAACUCACAAAAACUGAAUUACAGCAAUUAAUGGAGGAAGCGGGGAGAAAAGCCAUAGUCGCGUAUGAGCGGAGGAUUACUGCUCCGGCUGAAGGAGAAGGGGCUAGAAGAAGACUGUUUGGAGAAAAGGAACAAGAUAGAACGUCAGGUGCCCUUAGAAGAGACAGAAGCAAACGCCAGCCAUCAGAAGUUGGAUCUAGUAGUAGAGACAGGAGCCACGCCCGGGGACCGGUAAUCUCACGCGCAGAGGUUGACAACGUAUCGAAACAGAUAGAGAAACUAGGAAAGCAGAUUGACGAACUGAAGAAAAGGGGGGAAAUAGUAUCCCAGCACCGGAAUUCGCCAUUCUGUAACCACAUCCUGACAGAAACUGUGGCUCCGAACUUCAGAAUGCCGGACUUGCCGAAAUAUGAUGGAAUGAAAGACCCCACGGAGCAUCUCGCAGCAUUCGAUAUGGUGAUGAACCUCUAUGGGCAGUCAGGUCCGAUAAACGCUAAAUUAUUUGUCACGACCCUGACAGGAAAAGCCCCAGAGUGGUUCACAAACCUGCCACCGGGAAGUGUGGAAUCCCUCGAACAACUCAUACAAAAAUUUUCUUUCCAUUUCGCCAGUAAAAGGAAGCAGAAACGGUCGGCGACACACUUGUUCACUAUAAGACAGCGAAAUGACGAACCUUUAAAGAACUUCAUGGGACGUUUCAACAACGAGACGCUGGAGGUACCAGACUUGCGGAUAGAUAUGAUGAUCAGCAUACUGAUCCACGGGUUGAAGAAGGGAGCAUUCGCUUCUGCGUUAGCUCGCGACCCCCCAUCUGACGUAGAACAGCUUAUGAAUCUGGCGCAGAAGUAUAUAGAUGAGGAAGAAAUGAAUGCCAUGAAGGACGGCGAAUGGAGGGGUGAGUACGGGAGAGAUCGCGGGUAUGACGUUAAAAAUGAUAAGCGAUCGAGGCACGAUCGAAACAAAGAACCACACUACUCACAGAAGUAUAAUAAAUACACCCCACUCAACACAACGAGAGCUAGGGCUUUGCUUAUGGUAGAAAGGAAGGAUGUACUCAGAUGGCCAAAACCCACGAGAGCUACCCCGGCAAAGAAAAAUUCGAGCAAAUACUGUAGAUUCCAUCGUGAAAGGGGGCACGACACGGAGGAAUGUUACCAGCUCAAGGACGAGAUCGAACGGCUGGUCCGCCAAGGGUAUUUCAAAGAUUUGGUAUCCAAGGAUCAAAGCAGAGGUCGACAAAGCAGAUCCCGAAGCCCGGUAAGACAUGGAGGAGGAGCCGGAGCAGGACAAACCGCCCAGGAAAACGCGCCUGUAAAAGGCAUUAUACAUAUGAUAGCAGGAGGAUCUGAAAUAGAACACUCGAGCAGAGCAAGGAAGAAGGCAGAACGGAGAACGAGCGCUCUGAUGAGCCGGCAGGUAAUGAAUAUAUCCCCAGAGUUAGAAAUUAGCUUUGGGGCUAGUGAUAUAAAAGGAAAGACAGGUGAUGGCAAUGACCCCAUGGUGAUUAAAAUGGACAUAGCCAACUUCACUGUCCAUAAAGUUUUGGUUGACAACGGAAGCUCAGCUGAUAUAAUUUUGAAGGAAGUCUUAAUCAAGAUGGGGUUGGCGGAUGCUAGGUUGGAGGCUAUGAACUCACCAUUAGUAGGCUUCGGAGGCAGUGAAGUGGACUCAUUGGGGACAAUCGAACUGCCUGUUUCCCUUGGAGAUGAACCCAGGAGAAGGACUCUCAAGGUAAAAUUUCUGGUGGUCAACACCCCCUUUGCUUACAAUGUCAUUGUGGGAAGACCCGGCUUGAAUAUUUUCAGGGCCAUUGUGUCCACUUACCACUUGAAAAUGAAAUUUCCUACGCAUGCCGGAGUUGGGGAGGUCGCAUGCGAUCAAGGGGAAGCCAGAAGGUGCUACAACCUCUCGCUAAGGAAGGAUGCGACGGAUAGAAAGAGGAAGCUGGUUGAAACUUUCAUUAAGAACGAGGAGAGGAUAGAAUCGAUGGACGAACAUAGAGAGAUCGAAUUGGUGCAAGGGGACCCAUCCAAAACGACGAAGAUUGGGGCUAGCAUGGAAAGAAACCUCGAGCUAAUGAUGGUCGCCUUCUUACGUCGCAAUGCGGACAUGUUUGCCUGGAGUGCCUCCGAUUUUAAAGGUAUUAACCCUGAAAUUAUUGUCCAUCGAUUGAACUUGGACCCAAAAGCACAGCCCGUACAACAGAGAAAAAGAGCAUUCGGAGCAGAAAAAAAUGCAAUCAUCAAAGAGGAAGUGGGUAAGCUGUUGAAAGCUGGAUACGUUUCGGAGGUCCGCUAUACAGACUGGUUGUCGAACGUAGUAGUGGUGCCGAAGGCUGCGGGAAAAUGGAGGAUGUGCACCGAUUUUACAGACCUGAACAAAGCGUGCCCCAAAGACCCUUUCCCUUUACCCAGGAUCGACCAGUUGGUGGAUGCGACCGCCGGGUACAAAUUGUUUUCGAUGAUGGAUGCCUACCAAGGUUACCACCAAAUCCGUAUGGCUAAGGAGGACCGCACAAAAACAUCGUUCGUAACUGAACAAGGUAUAUUCUGUUAUAACGUAAUGCCGUUCGGUCUAAAAAAUGCAGGUGCAACAUAUCAAAGGCUCGUGAACAGAAUGUUCAGAGAACAGAUCGGUAAAACAAUGGAGGUCUACGUAGACGACAUGCUAGUCAAAAGCCGGCACUCGGAGCAACACUUGCAGGACCUCGAGGCAAGCUUUGCCGUCAUGCGAUCAUACGGAAUGAAGCUCAAUCCAACAAAAUGCACGUUCGGAGUCGGAGGAGGCAAGUUCUUGGGAUAUAUGGUGAGCAGCCGAGGGAUAGAAGCCAACCCGGAGAAAAUCAAAGCAAUCCUCGAGCUGAAGUCGCCGGCUUCGAUAAAAGACGUGCAGAAAUUGACGGGUAAGAUCGCAUCCCUUAACCGCUUUAUUUCAAAGUCAGCAGAUAGGAAUUUACCUUUCUUUAAAGUAUUAAGAAAACCAAAGGAUUUCCAAUGGUCAAAAGAGUGCGAAGACGCUUUUAACCAGCUCAAGAGUUACUUGAGGACGCCACCAUUAUUAGCAAACCCCCGACCUGGAGACAUUUUGUAUCUGUACCUAGCAGUGUCGGAACAUGCUGUGAGCUCGGUAUUGGUGAGAGAAGAGAAUAAAGUCCAGAACCCAGUAUACUAUGUCAGCAAAAUGCUGCAAGGAGCGGAAAUGAGGUACAGUUUGGUCGAAAAAUUCGUCCUUGCACUAGUAACUUCGGCUCGUAGGUUACGACCGUAUUUUCAGUCACAUAAGAUCGUUGUAUUAACAAAUCAACCGCUCAAGAGUAUCUUGUCGCGACCGGAGGUCUCAGGGAGAUUAGUGAAAUGGGCCGUAGAACUGGGGGAACACGAUAUAGAAUACCAUGCCAGAAACUCGGAGAGAGCUCAGGUACUUGCUGACUUUGUAAUGGAACUGACAAGCACGCCUACUCAGGAUGUCGAGCCGUGGAUGUUACAUGUAGACGGGUCCUCGAAUACUAGCAACGGGGGAGCCGGGAUCCUGAUACAAGGACCAGGAGAGGUUGAGAUCGAGGUCGCAGCCAGACUUUCGUUUCAUGCCACCAACAACGAAGCCGAGUAUGAAGCCUUAAUCUUAGGAUUGGAACUGGCUCACGCAGCAGGAGCAAGGAUUUUAGAAGUAUACACAGACUCGCAGUUAGUAGCAAUGCAGAUUGAGGGGAAUUACGAAGCGAAGGAGCAAACAAUGUCGAUGUACUUGAAGAAAUCAAAAUCUCUGAUUGAGCGUUUUGAUAAAUGCACGGUCCAACAGAUACCAAGAGGAGAAAACGACAGAGCUGAUUCACUUUCUAAAAUUGGAGCCUCAUUGUCGGGCAUAAAAAACCGUAGUAUAACGGUCAUGGUGAAGGACAGACCAGCGAUCGCGGAGGUCGAUAUAUACACGAUAGACCAACCUUGCACGUGGAUGGACGAGCUAACACUCUAUCUCAAGGAGGGGAUUCUUCCCAAAAAUCCCUCGCAGGCAAAAAAUUUGAGGAUAAAAGCCACCAGAUUCACGAUGAUCGAGUCUGAACUAUACAAGAGAACGGCAGAUGGACCCCUAUUAAAAUGCUUGAAUGACGAACAAGCGGAAUACGUGCUGAAAGAAAUACACGAAGGAAGUUGCGGCAAUCAUUCGGGUGCCAGGUCGUUAGCUCAGAAGGUCGCGCGUCAAGGGUAUUUCUGGCCUACAUUGAUGAAGGAUGCUAAGAGGUUAGUACAGAGAUGCGAAAGCUGUCAGAGGUUCUCUGCCCGGAUACAUUCCCCGGCUACACCAAUGGAACCUUUGAAGGUCGCUUGCCCGUUCGACCAGUGGGGGAUCGACAUAAUGGGGCCUUUUCCCCCGGCGAGAGCACAAAAGAAAUUUAUCAUACUCGCGGUCGAGUAUUUUUCUAAGUGGGUAGAGGCCGAAGCGGUGGCAAGAAUAACGGAAAAAGGGAUGAUCGAUUUCAUCUGGAAAAAUAUCAUCUGCCGGUUCGGGAUCCCCAGAGCUAUCGUAUCAGAUAAUGGAACACAAUUCCAGGGGAAGAAAAUUGCGAGCUGGUUGAAAGAGCUGAAAAUCCAACAGAACUUCACAUCGGUGGGCCAUCCUCAAUCGAAUGGGCAGACGGAGGUGACCAAUAGGACUAUACUCCAACACUUGAAGACUCGCAUUAAUUCAAAAGGAUCGUGGGAAGAAGAACUACCGGGUGUUUUAUGGGCUUACAGGACGACCCCGAGGUCGUCUACAGGUGAGAGCCCCUUUUGUCUUGUUUACGGUUCUGAAGCUAUUCUUCCUGCAGAAAUCGGCGAGGAAACACAUCGGAUAGCAAGUUACGACCCAGAGGCGAACCACCAAGCUCGUGCGUUCGACCUAACAGUGAUCGAAGAAAGACGGGAUGCCGCCCUAGCUAAAAUACUCCACCACAAAGGCCUGAUGAUGAGAAGGUACAACAAAAAACUUCGACCCAGGGAGCUCCAAGUGGGGGACCUAGUCUUGAAAAAAGCUGAAGUCUCUAAACACGUGGGGAAGCUGGACCCUGAAUGGGAGGGCCCCUUUAAGGUGGUCGAAAUUCGGAGAAAAGGUGCUUAUCUACUACAAGAUUCUCAAGGACGUCUUCUCAAGCGACCAUGGAACAUACGAAACUUGAGGAAAUUCUAUGCAUAA